AUGUACCUUCUAGAAAAAGAUUCUGCACAUAUCGACGAAAUACCACCCCUCACCGAAAAUACCACGCGGUCAAGCAGUGAAAUACUCACGCAUGGUCGUUGUGAAGACUGCGGAAUACUGCGUGCAGACUAUAACUGGUGCGCUCAGUGUGAUUCCGCCCGCUUGAAGGAAAAUAGUAGUUGGACCUGUGAACAUUCCGAUAUUGACAACUUUAUCAGAUUAUCUCAGCAGAAUACAACAAAGAAAACCGAUUUCAUAGAAUGGAUACCGCACUGCCAGUUCGAAAGUAUUUCAUAUAUAACGAAAGGUGGAUUCAGCAUUGUGUCGUCGGCCGUGUGGACAGAAGGCCCGAUAGUCUUCUGGGACAAAUCACGAAAUCAAUGGAAAAGAGCAGGACAAACACCCGUCGUUUUAAAAACGUUGAAUAAUUCACAAAAGAUCACUGAUGAAUAUUUGAAUGAGAUCUCCGGCCUCAAACACCGAAUCGAUUCAAAAAGACUAUUGAGAUACUAUGGAAUUACCAAAGACCCUUCUACAAAGGAAUUUGUAUUGGCGGUCCAAUACAUACCAGAGGGAAGCCUUCGUACAUUUCUGGACCAGAAAUAUCACACUCUUGUUUGGGAAGACAAACUUUAUAUAAUCACGGAAAUAGCGCGUGGUCUCGCUGAAAUUCAUAAUGCGAAUCUGAUACAUGGUGACUUUCACAGUGGAAACAUCUUAUACAAUAACAAUUCAUAUGUGAUAAGUGACGUUGGCCUAUGUCGACCGGCGGACGAAUCGUCCCGAUACAACAAGGCAAAGACACACGGAGUUCUUCCAUAUGUAGCUCCAGAACUACUUCACGAUAAACCGCAUUCACUAGCAGCAGACGUAUACAGCUUUGGAACCAUCAUGUGGGAGGUGGCAUCUGGUGAACGACCAUUUGCUAACCGAGGACACAACUUUUUGUUAGCACUCGAUAUUUGCGAUGGAGUUAGACCCAAAAUUGUUGACGGGACUCCUGAAUGUUAUGCAGUGCUUAUGAACAGAUGUUGGGACGCACGUCCUGAGGAGCGACCAACAGCUACAUAUCUAGUUGAAGUGCUUGGGGAGUGGUGCGAGUCGAUGCAUCAGUUGGGAUCAAAGAUAGCUUCACAGUUUAAAGAAUCGGACGGAAAGAGAAAUACUAUGCAUGUAUCCGGGAGCUAUAACGUUCAUCCGAAUGCAUCGUAUACGAGCCGAUUGUUAAAGUUUAAGAAUCUACCAGAACCAAAAAAUAUAAAUGAUCCAUUAUGUAUGCCUGUUCUGCGUGCGGAUGAUGAUGAAGAAGAAGUUACAAAACAGAUCGGAAAGCUUAAUAUUAAUGGAUUUGAAGAUAUACCGACAUCACCACGCAUUGACUCUGUAAAUAAACUCAAUGACAUAAAAACGAUUUCUCUACCUCAACUAGAAACCAUAAACCUACCAAAAAGUCCGACAUCAACCAAUUCGAGCACGGCUUCGUCACCAACAGUCGAGUCGCUUGCAAAAAGACUAUCAUUACCAAAAUCGGAUUCAAUUUUCAUUCCCAGAAGUAGCUCUGUGGAAAUAGUCAAAAAACGCUUCUCGUUACAACCUCCCGAGUCAAAUAAACCGUUUGAGAAGCCGGUUAUAAGGGCUGGCAAUAUUGAGAAUUUGAAGAAAAGAUUUUCACAAUCACAAGAUGACUUUAAGAACAUCGGCGGACAAUCGAAUAAAGGCGGAUUAGUAGAAACUCUUAGAAAGCGAUUUGCACAGUCGCAAACUAAUGCACCAGACAUGAACAUGGUCGUAAAAACAGGAUCUUAUAUUGGACAUCAUACACUAAAAAGGGAUAGCUCAUCACCGGCGCCCGAUAUUAAUAGGAUCCUUUCGCCGUCACUGGAAUCUGAUUCACCGAGCACAUACGUCCCAAGAUCAGAAUCGCCCAAACCAAUAGAACAAGCGACAAGUACUAUAGAUUCCACAGACACAAACCAGGACAAACCCGUAGAGGUUAGCACUGACGAUGUGACUGAUCAAACUAGCGAAGAGAAAACAGAGAAGGUGGAUGAGCCACAAAAGACUGAAGAAAUAUCAGACAAAAUUUCAGAUUUAUCCAAUCCUCCUUCUCCAAAAGCAUCUGAACAACCAAUACAAUCCAAUGACCCAAACACGGCAGAUACAAGUCCCGUCACUUUGCAAACACCUCCGGAUUUGUUCAUCACCGAUGAUCAACCACCAGGACCCACCUCACCUUCUUUGACGUCGCAAAAGUCGCUUACAACUGAAACGCCUGCGUUGGAAAGUUCCCAGUCUACUACAACUUCAUCCGCAAAUUCUAUUUCAAACGAACAAAUCUGGUCCGAUGUUUCCAGUGUUGACUCAAAGUCGUGUUGUGAUGUUAGUCCGUUAGACUCGCCUCGAUUCGAACCGUCGGUGGUAAUACCUGAAACUUUGUCUGAAGUCGAUGAAGACGAAGUAGAGAUAUCUGAACUUCAGUCAGAGAUGCUGCAUCCAGAAUCGAAACAAAGUCGGCCAAAGAGAACUCUAUCGGCAAGCCCUAGACUCCAGAGAAAAUCGCACAAUAGUUCCAGAAGCUCUUCUCGUGACCCAUCUCAGACAAAAUCAGCGAAAGAGCGCAGAUCAUCGAGUGCGUCAACUAAAGUUUCUGCACGCACACUCGCAUUAUCAAUGCCAAAAGGACGAACAAAAUCGUUCGAUUCCGCUCGUAAUUCGCGUGUCAAUGUUCAUCAGCGAGUUGAAAUACUACCUGUAGAGCCAGCAUUAUUGCAUAAACCGUGGAAUAUCAAGAAAAUACUUAACCUUUUCAAACGAUGGGGCCCAACAGAGCAACUCUCGUUUACUUUAUUAUCGAACAAGGCGUUGAUGCUUAUUGCUUUGGUUACCAUGUGGUAUUCGGAUUCUGAUCUCGGAUGUAUAGUGGCCGAUUCCGUAGACUUCAUUGGCGACACUGUGUGGCCUGAUGCGAUGCAGUUUACGGCUAGUCGGAGGAAGUCUGGCAUUUCCAAGUCUUCAGGAACGAUAUUCGCAUACAAGGAAGAUAAAGAUUUGUGUCCGGUCUAUGCUACGAAGCAAUUGUUGAAACAGAGUGAUCCGUUUAGGGCGGGAAGAGCACAUAAAGGGAAAUUAUUCCUUGCGCCUAUGCGACCGUAUCCUGAUGCUAAUGCUGAAGAUUUGGGAAGGAUGAUUACAGACGUGUUUCAGGCAGCUGGAAUUAACGUUUGGCGAUCGAAUCCUAAUUCGAGUAGGUUUGUACUAAGGCCCCUCGAAGUCGGUGUUGAAUUGGGAAUUGCGCUGGGAGCUUGUGUUUGGACGUCGGAUAGAUCGUUCAUGAAGCGGUAUCGCAAAACUGGUGAGCAAAAGACUAUUGUGAAAACUGAAAUAAGUAAUGGUGAAGGAGAAUCGAAUAUUCUUGUCAAGUAA